AUGAGGACCGCACAACAGCCACCGCCGCUGCCUGCUGGCGGCAGUAAUAUGUCAGGGGCCGCUGGUCGACGUGCCAACUUUGGCGCUUCUCUUACUACCACCCCAGCAGACGAGGAUCAAGCUUCAUCCUCACAACCUACCACUCCAACCAGGACCCAAGAUAAUAACGACGACGACCACCAAACCCCCCCCGAAGCCGAAACAUGCUUUAUCUGCGCAGACCCCAUCAGGCUCUACUCGGUCACCCCCUGCGAUCAUCGCACCUGUCACAUCUGUGCUCUCCGUCUCCUCGUCCUCUACAAAAAAGACGAAUGUACAUUCUGCAAGUCCAAAAUAUCCCGUCUCAUCUUCACCUCCUCCCCCUCCAAACCCUUCUCCUCCUUCGCCCCCACCUCCAUCCCUUAUUCCGACAAAAAACUUCCCAUCAGCUUUGAAACCAAAGAUGCCCUCCAAGAAACCGUUCUCCUCCUUCGCUUCAACUGUCCGCACCCCGACUGCCACAUUGCCUGUGCCGGCUGGAAGGUCUACAAAUCCCACGUCAAACGAGAACACAACCGUCUCCUCUGUCAACUCUGCAUCACACACAAACACAUCUUUGCACACGAACAUACACUCCAUACCCAACAGUCCCUAGCAGCCCACCAGAAGGCCGAACAUAGAUUAUGCCAGUACGACAGCUCAUGGUUCUACAGCGACGACGAACUGUUCAGUCAUAUGAGGCAUCGACACGAACAGUGCCAUAUCUGCAAAUCCAGAGGCGGUGAGCAGGAGAGAUGGAAGUAUUACAGGGACUAUGAUAUGUUGGAGAAACAUUUCAAAAGCCAACAUUGGUUGUGCGAGCAUAGCCAAUGUUUGGCCAAGAAAUUCAUUGUCUUUGAGACCGAGCUGGAUUUCAAGGCUCAUCAGGUGCAAGAACAUGCCAACCAGUUAACUACCAGGCAGAGAAGGGAGGCCAUCAGGAUCGACGCUAAUUUUGCCUUUCACGAUGGUCCUGCUCACCAGUCUUGCCGAGCAGCAGUCCUUCCAUCUCGAGCUAAUGCCGCUGCCGCAGCAUCCCGGGCCGACCCAGGGCCUUCAGAACCAAGAGACCUUCUCCCACUAUCCACUCUCGCCUCUCGUACACACCUUCCUGGAGCAAGUCCAGCAAACCACGCUUCACGUCCUGCUAUCUUGCCUUGCAACCUCACCUCCCACUCCACCGCUCAGCCUAUAUGCCCAGACCCACCGCCCACACCAACCGACUCGCGCUCCACCCAAGAAAAACACCAAGCCUAUAUGAACAAAGUGUCCACCGCCCUCUCCGCAUCCCAAUCCCGCAUCACCUCUUUCCGCCAUGCAGUACGACUCUUCAAAAACGGUGAAUCCAGCCCACGAGAUCUCCUUUCCACCCUUUACAGUUUAGUCGGAGGCGAAAUGGACGAUUGUGCUCCCCUCGUCGACGGAUUGCUCGAUUUGCUUGACGACAAGGAUAAGUCGAGAGCUCUGAGCCAAGCUUGGCACCUCUAUCGCCUGGAGAGGACGCAGUUCCCAUCCCUGUCCCACGCCGGUACCUCUACUCCUACUAUCGGUCUCAUCCCAGGCAGUAGCUACGCAGGAGCAAGCAAUCGCCGAGGAGGAGGAGCAAAUCCUAUUCCAAGUAUCAAAAAUCCUUCCACCGGCUCGACUUCUAUUCCAGGAUCGUUAGCCCAUACAAUCGCACACUCUGCUGCCUCCCGAGCCUGCGCACCUUUGACCAAAUGGAAUGCUGCAUCCGCAUCCGUCGCCUCGGGAACUGCAUCGGGGAGUAGUACGCCCAAACCGUUCGUAGCAAAAGUGCACUCCAACUCUUCUCUGGCUCGCACGGCGGACAUGGAUCCCUCUUGCGCCUUCCCCUGUCUACCCACAAACGCAGCAAAAGCGAGUAUCAACGCGCACAAGAAGGCGCUCUUUGCUGCGCGCAAGAGUCCUAGUACAAGUGCGGUGGGUACGCCUAGUGCUGGGUCUGGGGCUAGUACACCUUGCACUCCUCCACCCGUGCCAGGUGCCCGCGACCGGUUGGCCAACUUGAACGCAGUCAACGGCGCUUUGGCUGCCUCUCAGCAACAUCCAGCGGCAAGUGCAAAUGGCUCCCAGCCAGAUCCAGACACGCCAGGAGCGAGGAAAAAGAAAGGAAAGGGCAAGGGUGUUCAAGUGUUGACUUUUGGUGGUGUACAUCGUCGAUAG